AUGGCCAACGCAGAAGAUGCCCUCAAGGGCGAGAAACGCAUCACUGGCACCGUGCAGCCGUAUAUGUACAGGAAGGGACCCUUCACCAUAGAAGCUCCAGGAUAUGAGAAGAAGAAGGGCGAGACCGUCCCGCGCAGGAACCGAUUCGCCAAAGAUCAGCUCAUUACCAAGCCUUCAGCAGAAGUAAGCACAAUCUACGAGAAUUUCAGAAGGGCAGCCCGUAAAUUCGGCAAUGCAAAAUGCUACGGCACAAGAAAGGUCGUAAAGACUCAUACCGAGAACAAGAAGGUCAAGAAGAUUGUCGAUGGGAAAGAGCAGGAAGUAGACAAGAAAUGGACAUACUUUGAGCUCAGUGGCUACGAGUACAUCACCUUCAACGAAUAUGAGCAAAUGGCUCUGAAUGCUGCGUCAGGUCUGCGACACCUGGGCAUGAACAAGGACGACAAGAUGCACUUGUAUGGUGCAACCAGUGGUCACUGGCUAUGUAUGUCACACGCGGCCUCAGCUCAGUCGAUCCCCAUCGUCACAGCCUACGACUCUUUGGGCGAGGAGGGUCUUCGACAUUCUCUUAAACAAACAGGCUCAGUCGCCAUCUUCGUUGAUCCCAACCUCCUCCCUACUCUGGCCAAAGUCAUCAAAGACGCUCCUGCAAUCAAACAUAUCAUCUACAACACCGAGCCAGAACUCAAGCAAGCAGAUGCCGACAAGUUGAAAGAGGCAAACAGCGAGCUCCAGAUCAUGAGCUUUGAUGAAUUGCUGUCCUUGGGCAAGCAGAACCCAUACGAUCCUGUGCCACCUUCUCCAGAAGACCUGGCAUGUAUCAUGUACACUUCUGGCUCUACAGGUCCACCAAAAGGUGUUACCAUUAAACACAAGGGCGUUGUCGGCGCUCUAGCUGGUGUUCAAUCAGUUGUGGCUCCUUUCAUCGGCCCUGCUGAUUCCGUCUUGACAUAUCUACCUCAAUCCCACAUCUUCGAAUUCAUGUUCGAGAACGCUACCAUGUUUUGGGGUGCUGUCAUGGGUUAUGGCAAUCCAAAAACUCUAUCCGACACUUCAGUGCGUAAUUGCAAAGGAGACAUCAGGGAGUUUCAGCCAACAGUUCUGAUUGGUGUACCAGCAGUUUGGGAAAGCAUCAAAAAGGGCAUCAUUGCUAAGGUCAGCGCUGGCUCUCCUAUUGUCAGAAGUUUGUUCUGGGGAGGCAUGUCCCUCAAAGCCAUGUUACUCAACGCUGGCCUUCCCGGUGCUGGUACACUCGAUUCGAUCGUCUUCAAGAAACUGAAAGAUGCCACUGGUGGUCGCCUUCGUAUCGCUUUCAAUGGUGGUGGCCCUGUGUCUGUCGAUACAGUCAAGUUUAUCUCAUACGCCAUUACUCCUAUGAUCCAAGGCUAUGGACUUACCGAGACUUGUGCAAUGGGUGCCAUUCAGGAUCCUCUCGAGUGGAACCCUUACACCUUGGGCGACAUUCCCGGUUGUGUCGAGGUCAAGUUGGUAGACUUCGCCGAAGCUGGCUACUUCUCAACCAACAACCCACCACAGGGAGAGAUCUGGAUCAAGGGCGAUCCUGUCACAGAAGGAUACUGGGACAACGAGAAAGAGACUAAAGAAGCUAUUUCCUCGGAUGGAUGGUUCAUGUCCGGCGACAUUGGUGAAUUCGACCACAACGGACAUCUCAGGAUCAUCGACCGAAAGAAGAAUCUGGUAAAGACUCUGAACGGUGAAUACAUCGCUCUGGAAAAACUUGAAUCCAUCUACUUGUCUUCGCCAGUCGUAGGCAGAAUCUGCGUCUAUGCCGAUCCCGACAAGGCCAAGCCUGUUGGUGUCAUUGUGCCUGUCGAGGCUGCCUUAGCCAAAUUAGCUUCAUCUAAUGGUCUUCAGGCAUCGUCGUUGGAGUCUAUGGUACACGACAAGAAAAUCAACGAUCUGGUUCUCAAGGACAUUCAGAAAUCUGGUAAAGAGGGUGGUCUUUCAGGCAUCGAAAUUCUUGAUGGAGUUGUCCUUGCAGACGAAGAAUGGACACCACAGAAUGGAUUUCUUACUCCAGCACAGAAACUACAGAGGAAGAAGAUUCAAGAAAGAUAUAAGGAGGAGAUCAAAGCAGCCUAUGGCGGCUAG